AUGGAGUCAAUGGAUGGGAGUUUGGUUUUGAUGAUGGAGCGGGCUGAUUUUACAACUCUGUGCAGUAUCUUACGGUCCGGGGCAGAGCAGUUACUGUACCAAGCUGUGAUGCAUCCAGAUCGCCUGUUUUCUUUGAUGUACUUAUUGGUAUGUCCCAAGCAAUUGUCAUGUUUACACAGGUUGAAAUGGUCACAUCCACAAACUGUGACGUCAGGAAAUGAGUUCUUUAAAUUCAGGGUCACAGAGUGUCCUUCGACAGACAGGGAUCAGAAACAAGAUCAAAGAAUAUCCAGAGAUAUUCUAAGCCUCAGGCACUUACUCUGUGGGGACCAUGUUCCUGGUGAUUCUUGCAAUUUGUUCCUGCGCUGUUACUGCAGCUCCAAAGUUGCCAGAGAUGAUGGACGCCAGUGGCUAAUUCACAAAGGAAGAGGAUAUGGGAUCUCAUCUGAUACUGUUGUCACUGAUGCUGCUCACAUGUCGGAUCGGUGGAAGGUGACGGAUGAGAGGGCAGUUGAGGGACGUACAGUCGGAGAUUUUGUGGAAACUGGUGGUCAAAACUAUGAUUUGCUCACUGACAACUGUCACCAUGCUUCCAGCAGAAUGAUGUGCCAAUAGACAAUUCUUUUACUACGCUUCAUGGAUUCUAAUUUAGGAAAUGUGUUUAUGAUCUAGUUAGAAGUCAGUCAGCCAAAUUAAGCGAAAUUGAGCUUCCUUGUCUGAUGUAAUAUAAAAGAAUAGAAAGUUAUCCUUAAUCUGCUUGGUCUUUAGAAUGCAAUCCUUUCAAUUUCCCCGUAAAUUACAAGAGAUCCUCUGGAGAAAACAGAAACAAUAAUGUUCAGAAUACAAUGCAACAAAAGGUACUGAAUAUCUGGCACAGCCUGACCAGAUUUCUGCAACGUCUAGAGCGGAACACAAUGUUAUGCAUUGCAAGAAUCGUAAAAUGGCUUAAAUUGUUCCUCUAAAAUGUAUUAAAAUUAUUAAUGAUUUCAAACUGCAGAGUGGAUAUUUUGAUUGCAUACUUCACAAAGGGAUUCAUU